AUGGACGAGUCAGAGAACCUCGACGCUAUUAUAAGAGAGAUACAAUUCCUCAAGCGAAUCGAUUCACCCUACCUCACGAAACAUUUCGAGACGUUUCUUAGAGAUUCCGAUGUUUGGAUUGUUUUGGAGUACUGUGGUGGCGGGUCUUGUGCCGACUUGCUCAAGUUCUAUGGCUGUCUAGAGGAGUCUGUGACAGCUUACAUUAUACGGAGCGUACUCAAGGGUCUUCAGUACCUCCACCGAGAGAAGAAGGUCCACAGAGAUAUCAAGCUGGGAAACAUCCUUAUCACUGAUCAGGGCGAGGUCAAGCUCGGAGACUUUGGUGUUAGUGGAGAGCUCACCUUCACCAGGACAAAGAGGAACCUGAUUGUGGGCACACCAUAUUGGAUGGCACCAGAAGUGAUUCAAAGAUCGAAAGAAGGGUACAAUGCCAAAGCAGAUAUUUGGUCUACAGGCAUCACUACUAUUGAGCUUCUUUGUGGAAACCCGCCUCACUACCAGAAGGCUCCGAUGAAAGCGCUUUUUGAUAUUCCCAAACUCCAAGCGCCAUCACUUGACACUGAACCUUUCCAUGUUGCCACGAAGGACUUUGUUAGAAGCUGCCUAAUGAAAAUCCCCAAUUUUCGGCCAACUGCCACUCAGCUUCUCGGCCACCGGUUCUUCUCUACGUGCCCUGACGAGGGUCCGCUUUUGACACUCCUAAAGGAGAAGAAUCGCCAUUUCAAACCCCAUUCUUCCAAGCGGAGAAUGCCUAGAAAACCAAAGAAGCAGGACCAUCACAUCGAGUGGGUGCUCACAGGGUCCAUGGGAAAUGCCUGGCGCAACAAAUACAGCGAGUUGAUCUACGAUGCCAUGACUAAAGUUUGGGUACGUGCGAUCAACGACCAGGCGAAAACGGGUGUUCGUCGUCUCCGAGACGAAUUCGUGAAAGCGGAAACGGAAAACUGCGGUCUUUCCCACGCUAUCGUGGAAGAGCUCUGGUACCUGUUGAAUGCAUUGGAGCAAUAG